AUGGUUUUAGACAUGCUAACUAAGGCCCUGUAUGUCUCCACAGAUUUACAAGAAGAUAAUGAAGACUUCUUUGUAGCUGUGGGACGUUUCAUGCUGUCGAUCAGCAACAAGUUGCAGGACAAGACCAAGUUUACUGCUUAUGCUAUCAUGGACACGACUGUUACAUAUUCGUUAUGUUUGUCUGCACAUGUGGAACCUCCCGUUACCUUUUGCCCCUCGUGUACUGAGAGGGCUUUACAGUUUAGGGAGCAAAUGUUUUUUGAUACAGAUUUAAAUAAGGCGGAUGCUUCUCAAGGUUCUAACAAUGAGAAUCCGGGUAUGCCACAUCUUUCUCCCCAAGCGUCACAGUCCCUAUCGCCUACCCAGGCACAGUCCAGUACCUCUGCAGUUUCACCUGCAUUUACUGUAAAGGACAUAGCAACUGUUAUGUCCUCUACUCUUUCUGAAGCGUUGUCUGCCUUUCCCGUCCUGCAAGGCAAACGCAGGAGGAAGGACGACCUCGUGGCUACUACGCCUUUGGAUGCUUUAAUUGCGAGGUCAAAAAUGCCUUUACAGGGCUCAGAAUUGGAGCCCCUAUCUGAAGUUCAAACAAAAAGAAAAUAUAAAAGAAAAAACAAAUGGCAGUCUGGUUUAAUUGCAAAGAAAAAGAAGGUUUUAAACAAAGAUGAUAAAACUGAUGGAGUUGAAAGUGAAAUUGAUCAUGAAAAUCCUGAAUCAAGCCUAGACCAUGCUGAAGUUGAUUUUGAGUCCUCAGUUGAAGUUGAAAAUGACACUUCCAUGACAGAAUGUGCAAGUCCUACUGUGAACUGGAAAGAAACUGUGGCUGCUCCUGAAAAUACAAAUCCUACUGGUUCCACGGCAGUUAAUGACCCAACAAAAAAACAUAUGGAAUCUUCUCAGUCCAUUACCAUUCAAAAUGGUGACCACAGUGAGUUAGAAGAUGUGCGCAUUUUUCGAAACAUACGUGGAAAGCCAAUGGAAACAGAACAGCAAGCUAUAAUUAAUGUUGAGAAAGAAGUGGAGACACUUAAUGUGGAUAGACCAAAGCUCAAGACACUUUUGAACAGAGUUGUAGAAAAAAGUAAUGGAUAUAAUGUAUUUCAAAUGGAAAAGCUGUAUGCCAUCCUAAGCCAGUGUAUUUACAGGCAUCGCAAAGACUAUGACAAAACUAUAUUACUAAAGGAAAUGGAAGUCGAAAUUGGAAAUUUCAGAAUUUGAGAUCUGUACCUUUUUUUUUUUUUUUUUAAUGGUCUUUCAUUUGCUUUGUUCGGACAUGAAAUUAUAUAAUAUAUAUUGUGACCUAAUAAAUCUUAAUUACUUGUA